GAGUAUCCCAAACAAACCCUUCUUGUUCUGGCUAUUCUUCUCUGUUUCCUUGCUCUCAUUAUAACAACUACUUCAUAAUCUUCAAGAGCUUCUUUCUUUCUUCCACCUUUUCGCAAGCAUGGAAAUUGAAGAAGUUUCGACGACUGAGAGCGUCUAUGGUGGUGAGCCAAUAACAGAUGGACCCCUCGGUGACAAUUAUGCCAGGAAAUUGUUUCAAGCCCUGGUAAGAAACCCUUCUGUACGAAGAUAUGCAUCAGACUCCGAUGAUUCCUUCAGCCAAACGAAGCCCAUUAAGAUGCUUCAGAUGGGCGUGGAUAGAAGCGCUCCUGCUCAGACGAAAUUCGAGUGGUUGCGCUCACAGCUGGUAGGAGGCGAUGUUGAAUUUGACACCCCUUUCGGGAAACGCCUCCUUACUUAUGCUGACCACACUGCUUCUGGGAGGGGUCUUCGCUACAUUGAAGAUUACAUCACCAAUGAUGUUCUUCCUUACUAUGGAAACACUCACACAGGUGAUAGUUUCGUGGGGCACAGGACGACGAAGACGGUACACGAGGCAACACAGUACAUCAAGAGUUGCUUAGGGGGUGGCAUUGACGAUGCGCUGAUAUUCUGUGGCUCCGGAACCACCGCUGCCAUCAAGCGUCUUCAAGAGGUGAUGGGAAUUGCGGUUCCAUCGAUCAUCAGGGACAGAAUGCUGAAGACCCUAAAGAAUGAGGAGAGAUGGGUUGUAUUCGUUGGGCCAUUCGAGCACCAUUCCAAUGUCUUAUCAUGGCGACAGAGCCUUGCGGAGGUGGUUGAGAUUGGGAUUAAUGAAGAGGGAUUGGUGGAUAUGACAGCUCUGAAACAUCAACUUGAGACUUAUAAAUCCACCAAUCGUCCUAUGUUGGGUUCAUUCUCAGCUUGUAGCAAUGUCACCGGAGUGUACUCGGACACUCGUGGCAUUGCUAGGCUCCUUCAUCAACAUGGUGCCUUUGCUUGCUUUGACUUCGCUGCUAGUGGUCCAUAUGUGGAGAUCGACAUGAGAUCAGGAGAGCUGGAUGGCUAUGAUGCUCUUUUCCUUAGCCCACAUAAGUUCCUUGGUGGGCCUGGAACCCCUGGCAUCCUUCUGAUGAGCACAGCUUUGUAUCAGUUGAGAUUUUCUCCCCCAUCAACUUGUGGAGGGGGGACUGUCAGCUUUGUCAAUAGCUUCUCUGAAAGGGAUACCUUAUAUUAUGAAGACAUAGAAGAGAGAGAAGAUGCCGGGACCCCACCCAUCAUCCAAAAGAUCCGAGCAGCUUUAGCUUUCUGGGUGAAGGAAUACAUUGGUUAUAGUGUGAUUGACGAACAAGAACAUGUGUUUGUAAAUGCAGUCCUCAGAAGGCUUCUCCCCAACCCAAACAUAUGGGUGUUGGGGAAUACAAGCGUAAAGCGACUAUCAAUCAUAUCUUUCCUUAUGUACACCACUACAAAUUCUUCUUCUUCAGAGGAGGGUGAAGAUGGUAGAAGAGUAAGAGACAGAGGACUCAACAUGUGGAGAGAGUCAGGGAACAAAAGAGAUAAGCCUCUUCAUGGGCCUUUUGUUGCAAAGCUGCUGAACGAUCUCUUCGGCAUUCAGUCCAGAGGCGGGUGUGCUUGUGCCGGCCCUUACGGACACCUUUUGCUUGAUGCCAACGAGUCUCUCUCCCUUGCUUUCCGAUCUGCCAUUCAGAAGGGCUAUGCUGGGGUAAAACCUGGAUGGACGAGAGUUAGCUUUCCCUACUACAUGUCCAUAGAAGAGUUCGAGUUCAUCCUAGCUGCCAUGGAAUUCGUAGCUUUAUAUGGCCAACGUUUCCUUCCGCUGUAUCAUUUCAACUGGAAGACAGGCAACUGGACCUUCAAAAAGAAAGCAUUCAUGGAUAUUCAAACAGGGGAGGAACGAGAGCUCGACUUCAGCAGAUUGUCGUUGGCCAAUAGGAUGGCUACAGGAGUGGUUAAUAAGUAUGCAUCGUACCUAGAGACUGCUAAACAUAUAGCGAAUUCCCUCCCCAAGUUCCCUCGCCCACGUAAGGUGCCAAAAGACAUUGAUCCUGGCCUUGUUCACUUCAGGGUCUAGCCCCUCUCUCUGGUGCCUUUUUGGAGCUGAACCCAGCAACGUUGAAGUAAAAUAAGUGUGGAGAGGAUUGCAUCCCGUAAUCCUUUUGCAUAGAAUUGUAUGAAAAGAAACAAAAUAAGACAAGUUUACAUCUUGUAAUCAUUCAACUGUGUAAUCUAGAUUCUUUCUUUUCAAUAAAUUCAUUAGUUAAUAUUA